AUGACACCAGUCGAUUUUACCCCGUUUGCCUGGGCCAAGUGCUUCACGGAAGAUACCAGAUUGCCACCAAACUUGGAUAUGGUUCAAGCUCAACACUGGCGGUGGUCUCGAGAAAGAUACGUCGCCCUCAAGGUAAAUGCUGUGAAUCGUCGCUCCGGACAGAACACCGCCGAAAACGAACUCGCAAUGCUCAAACACAUUUCUUCUGUAAAUAAAAAGCAUCAAGGCUGGAGCUUUGUGAGAAGAUUAUCAGGUUCUUUCACUAUUGACGUUGCCAUUGGAACCCACCUGUGCCUCGUUCUCGAACCUUUACGAGAACCAUUGUGGCUGUACUGUCGGAGUACUGACUGGCGAUCAGACUUGAAACCGGAUAAUAUACUGGUCAAGCUUGAAGACCUUGCAAUCUUGGACAGAGAUGCUCUAGAUGAAUAUCAGAACCCUUUACCGCAAAAGAUUACCAAUGACCGUACCAUUUAUCUUUCGCGAAACAACUACGGCCCGUUCUCUAUACCCGCUGGCAUCGUUCAGAUUGCCGAUUUUGGCUAUUCAAAGUCAGGCAAGACACACCACUCUGGGUGUAUCCAAGCAGAAGCCUACCGCGCCCCAGAGGUUAUACUUGAUUCUGGUUACUCUUACAGUGCAGAUAUAUGGAGUCUCGGUGUCAUGAUGUGGGACCUUCUUGAGGGAAAACGCUUAUUCGAUCCAAUUGAUAAGCGGAUCAGCGAUCGAUAUGAUGACUCGGUACAUCUCGCUCAGCUCACUGGCCUUCUAGGCCCUCCACCUCAUGAUAUGCUUCGUUCCGGCCAGAGAACGUCCAUGUUUUACGAGCCCAAUGGUAAUUUUAAACAUCCCGAGUUGAUUCCUCAGGAUCUCAAAUUCGAGAACACUGUUUCCAUGAUAAGCGGCCAGGAGAAGACCAAUUUUCUAGAAUUCGUGAAAAAAAUGGUCAGGUGGAAUCCCGUAGAACGAAGCACUGCCAGUGACCUGCUCAAAGAUCCAUGGCUCUACGAAGAUUUCGCUGCAGAGCAUCCAAUGGGAAUCCCCCAGGUGUCAUUCGCACUCAUCAAGCGCUCCGAUCUCGUGCGCUUAAACGAUGAGGGCAAAGUCAUCGAUCACGGAAGCUACAAGCUUGUCAAUCAAUCUGCUUUCCUUAUUCAUGCAGCUGGGAAGCAAGACAUGUUACAUGGUUAUAUCACAUAA